AUGUCAUCCGCGAUGCCGUCACCUACACCGAGCACGCCAAGAGGAAGACCCUUACCGCCAUGGUUGUCGUCUAUGUUCUCAAACGACAGGGACGCAAUCUCUGUGGAUUCGGAUGGUAAAUCCUCAUAA